CCCCCGGAACGUCCGCGGCCACCAGACCCUGGGACCGCACGUGCGGCUCCCCCCUCACCGCAUAGAUCCUGCAGGGGGCACCAGACGGGGGAGGUGGAGCUCCUCCCGCCUGGAGCUGCGCCCCCAGCAGCUCCAAAAGGGUAGCCGACAGCGCCUGGGACGCCCCCUCCCCGCGAAGUGUCCCCAAAUUGCCCUCUCUGGCCCCCGAAGGCUCAGCAGAGACAACUGGGAGCCACGGCCACCCUGAGUUGGAUGUGACCAAGCCCAGUGAGAGGCCAAGUCGUUCUCUACUGUUGUCCCUCGGCCCCCUCCCGCCCCGUCCUCGGCCAUGGCCCCAGGGAUGUCCGGCAGCGGCGGCGCCGCCCUGCUCUGCCUCUCAGCACUGCUCGCCUACGCCUCUGGCCGCUCCCAUCCCGCCAGCCCCAGCCCGCCAGGGCCACAGGCCACCCCAGUGCUGCCAGUCAGCUACCGCCUGUCACACACAAGGCUGGCCUUCUUCCUUCGGGAGGCGAGGCCUCCGCCAACCCCGGUUGCCAACGGCUCCCUGCAGCGCUCUGAGCCCUUCGUGGUGUUCCAGACCAAGGAGCUGCCCAUCCUCAAUGUCUCCCUGGGGCCCUUCAGCACCAGCCAGGUGGUGGCCCGGGAGCUCCUGCAGCCAUCCAGCACCUUGGACAUCCCCGAGCGCCUGACGGUCAACUGGAAGGUGCGGGCGUUCAUCGUCCGUGCCCGUGUGCCUGCCUCGCAGCCUGUGGCCCAGGUGCUUUUCUACGUGGCCGGCCGGGACUGGGAUGACUUUGGCGUCACCGAGCGGCUACCCUGUGUCCGUCUGCACGCCUUCCGGGAUGCCCGGGAAGUCAAGAGCUCCUGUCGCCUCAGCGGGGGGCUGGCCACCUGUCUAGUGCGGGCCGACCUACCCCUGGCCUGGUUUGGGCCCCCCGCCCCAGCCUCACCGCCCACCGCCCGCAGAAAAUCUCCCGACGGGCUGGAACCCGAGGUAGCAGGGGAGAGCCAGCAGGCUGAGUUGUAUUACACUCUCCACGCCCCAGAUGCAUCUGGGGGCUGCGGGGGCACCCGCCGGGGAGCUGGGCCCGGGGCAGGGGCCCGGGCUGAGAGCCCCACCCAGCACCCCCUGCUGCGCAUCGGAAGCAUCAGCCUGUUCCGCCCGCCCCCCAGAAGGACCCUGCAGGAGCACCGGCUGGACAGCAACCUGAUGAUCCGCCUGCCAGACCGGCCCCUCAAGCCCGGGGAAGUCCUCAGCAUCUUCCUCUACCUGGCCCCCAACUCCUCCUCUCCCUCCAGCCCCAGCGUGGAGCAUUUCACACUCAGGGUGAAGGCCAAGAAGGGCGUGACCCUUCUAGGCACCAAGUCACGGAGUGGCCAGUGGCAUGUGACCUCAGAGCUGCUGACUGGGGCGAAGCACUCCACAGCCACCGUGGACGUGGCCUGGGCUCAGGGCACACCCCUGCCUCCCAGGGAGGGCCAGGGGCCCCUGGAGAUCCUGCAGCUGGACUUUGAGAUGGAGAACUUCACCAGCCAGUCGGUCAAGCGGAGAAUCAUGUGGCACAUCGACUACCGUGGCCAUGGCGCCAUGCCUGAUCUGGAGCGGGCAGUCACUGAGCUGACGGUCAUCCAGAGGGACGUGCAAGCCAUCCUGCCCCUGGCCAUGGACACGGAGAUCAUCAACACAGCCAUCCUGACAGGCCGGACGGUAGCCAUCCCUGUCAAGGUCAUAGCCAUUGAGGUGACCGGUCUCGUCCUGGAUGUCUCUGCCCUAGUGGAAUGCAAGUCUGACAAUGAAGACAUCAUCAAGGUGUCCAGCAGCUGCGACUACGUGUUUGUGAGCGGAAAGGAGUCUAGAGGGUCCAUGAACGCCAGGGUCACCUUCCGUUACGAUGUCCUCCACGCGCCCCUGGAGAUGACGGUCUGGGUUCCCAAGCUGCCCCUUCAUAUCGAGCUCUCAGACGCCCGCCUCAGCCAAGUGAAGGGCUGGAGGGUACCUAUCCUCCCCGACCGGAGAUCAGCCCGGGAGAGCGAGGAUGAGGACGAGGAGGAGGAGGAGCGGCGGCAGAGUGUGAGCCGCGGCUGCACCCUGCAGUACCAGCACGCCACGCUGCAGGUCUUCACCCAGUUCCAUACCACAUCAUCAGAGGGCACAGACCAGGUGGUCACCAUGCUGGGCCCAGACUGGCUGGUGGAGGUCACCGACCUGGUCAGCGACUUCAUGCGGGUGGGCGACCCCCGAGUGGCACACAUGGUGGACAGCAGCACGCUGGCGGGCCUGGAGCCAGGCAUCACCCCCUUCAAGGUGGUGUCCCCGCUGACAGAGGCCGUGCUUGGGGAGACACUGCUGACAGUGACAGAGGAGAAGGUCAGCAUCACACAGCUGCAGGUCCAGGUGGUGGCCAGUCUUGCCCUCUCCCUGCGGCCCAGUCCCGGGAGCAGCCACACCAUCCUGGCUACCACAGCCGCCCAGCAGACCCUCAGCUUCCUUAAGCAGGAAGCCCUCCUGAGCCUCUGGCUCUCCUACAGCGAUGGCACCACGGCCCCACUCUCCCUCUACAGCCCCCGGGACUAUGAGCUGCUGGUGAGCAGCCUGGACGAGCGAGUAGCAACGGUGACUCAGGACCGGGCUUUCCCGCUGGUGGUGGCGGAGGCCGAGGGUGCAGGCCAGCUACUCCGCGCCGAGCUUACCAUCACUGAGAGCUGCCAGAAAACUAAGCGCAAGAGCGUGCUGGCCACCACACCUGUGGGCCUACGGGUACACUUUGGGCGGGACGAGGAGGACCCGACUUACGACUAUCCGGGCCCCAGCCAACCAGGGCCUGGAGGGGCUGAGGAGGAGGCCCGCGGAGCUGGCCCGCGAGGCACCGGGGUUUCCCCCGCGGAGGGCCCGGGCAGGGACACGGCCAGCCCCGCUGUACCGCCCACAGAAGACUUCCUGCCGCUGCCCACCGGCUUCCUGCAGAUGCCACGGGGGCUAACAGACCUGGAGAUCGGCAUGUAUGCACUGCUGGGCGUCUUCUGCCUCGCCAUCCUCGUCUUCCUCAUCAACUGCAUCGUCUUCGUGCUGCGCUACCGGCACAAGCGCAUCCCGCCCGAGGGCCAGACCAGCAUGGACCACUCGCACCACUGGGUGUUCCUGGGCAACGGGCAGCCGCUGCGGGUGCAAGGGGAGCUCUCGCCUCCCCCCGGCAACCCGCUGGAAACUGUGCCUGCUUGCUGCCACGGCGACCACCACAGCAGCGGCAGCUCACAGACCAGCGUGCAGAGCCAGGUGCACGGGCGCGGCGACGGCUCUUCUGGCGGCUCGGCCCGGGACCAGGCCGAGGACCCCGCCAGCUCGCCCACCUCCAAGCGCAAGCGGGUCAAGUUUACCACCUUCACCACGCUGCCCUCCGAGGAACUAGCCUAUGACUCGGUGCCCGCCGGUGAGGAGGACGCGGAGGACGAGGAGGGCCUGGGCUGGGGCUGCCCGGAUGUGGCGAGCACCACGCGGCCCACACCGCCCCCAGACCUGCACAAUUACAUGCGCAGAAUCAAAGAGAUUGCGUAGAAGCGCGGUCCUGGUGGCUGCCCCCCCGCCCCCCACGCGGGGGCUGUUCUGUGUUGUACUUAGCGGGGACUUGCUGCCCACAUCUGCGCGGGCCGGCUGAAUCUGGUUUUAUACUCCCUGCCCCUGCAGCUUUGCUCUGUGCCGGGUGGGGCCUAGUGUCUUGUCCUUCUGCCUCACACCAUUACCCUCUUCUGCCCCCUGCAGGUAGAGGCGCCUUUCUCCAGUGGCUUGCAAGGAAGAAAGGAAUCCCAGCCCUCGUUAGACCCUUUCCAAACCUCCUCCAUCCUAGGCAAUCCUCCUGCCCCAGGAGUGAGGCGAGGAGGCCAAGCUUGGGGCGAGGUGGACGCACACUGUGCCCCCACCCCUGCCUCCCAUGUCCCCUGUCUCCCCCCUGUGCUGGGGGGAGCUGGGGGUCUUGUGUCACAGGCUGCACAAAGACUUUUUUCAAACUAAUAUUCAGGGAUUACUGUCCUGCAGGGUGGGGAAGCAGCGGCUGCCUGCCCUGCCAAGGAUCUUGCUGUGGACAAAAUAUUUGGGGAGGUGGGGGAACAGUUGUAGCAUCUGCUGGCUUCCUGUGCCCCCCCAGUUCCUUCCCAGCACCUGGCAGCUGACUCUGCAGAGGGUCUUGGGGCCAAGCUGGACCUUCCUGAGUUCUCAGGACUCUCCCUCUGUCCCAAGGGCUGUAGGCAGGGUCCUGAAGGGGAGGAGUCCUGGGUCCAUCCCCAGCCUAGCCAAAGCCCAGAGCACCAGGGUCUAGACAGGCCCAGAGAGGCCUGGGUGCCACCUGCAGACCUCAGAGCAAGGUCAACACCACGCCUUAGCCACCCCUCCGCUCUGCUGACCACUCCUUCCCUCUGCAGCGGACAGGGGAGAUGGCCACCCAUCCCCCCCACAAAAUGGGAUCUGGUGGGAGGAGGACAGGAAGCGCCAGAGGGUGCUGUGAGGGCAGAGGCUGAAGGCAGCCCAGGCAUCUCCCCCACCCCCAUCCCACAGCCAAUUUCUCUUGGGUUCUACCCACCACUGUGUUAGAUUUUUCUUAAAUAAAUACAAGUGACCACACUGGGGGUGGGGGCAGCAGCUCCCGGAGAACAGACAGUA